ACAUACAGUUUGGUAUCGCGGAUAAAGCUCAAACUGAAACGAGAUACACCCUGUAGUUGUCUUCAACCUUAAACCAAUCAAAGAAAAGGCAGAGCAAGAACCAAAACUCUCACUUCUUCGUCCAUUUCUAUUCAUUUUUUAAAUGAAAAAAGCGAGAGUAAGCAUGGGUUUGGAUGAAAAUUCCCGGCUUUUUGGUAAAGUUUGGGUAAUUUUGCUGGUAAUUUUCGCGCCGGUUUCUGUCAAAUCGGAGGACUCAAUCUACGACCAUCUCCGCCGGCAGGGCCUCCCCAUCGGCCUCUUCCCCAAAGGCAUAACCGAUUUCUCCGUCGACACCAAAACGGGGCGUUUCACCGUCAACCUAACCCGGCCUUGCAACGCCAAAUACGAGAACCAACUCCAUUACGAUUUCAACAUCUCGGGCCUCCUAAGCUACAGCAAAAUUGGGGAAUUAUCCGGUGUCACGCAGCAGGAGCUCUUCCUCUGGUUCCCUGUUAAAGGGAUACGUGUCGAUGUCCCUAGCUCCGGUUUGAUUUACUUCGAUGUCGGCGUUGUUGACAAGCAAUUCUCUCUUUCCCUCUUUGAGUCCCCUCGUGAUUGCGCUGCCGUCGACCCUGAUCCUUCCUUUUCCGACGAGUUUCAGAGUCUUUAUGAGAAGAUUGGAUACAUCACUCGCCGAGGGAAUGCAUUGAGGGCUGUUUCAUAGAUCUUUUUCUGGCAAGAUAUGGUAGUUGACUUCUGUCCUUCUCAUUUCUCAUAAAGAUUGUUAGAGAGUUUGGAUUGAGAGAUCCUGUCAUAUUACGAGUAGGUGUGCAUGCUUGUUCUGUUGUACAGAGUUCUUGACCUUAUACUUCUGUCCUCCUGAAGACCUAUAACAAUUUUACUGAAACAAGAAGAUGUGAGGUAAUGAAAUCUACUUUCGCAGAAGGUUGAGACAGAAGUGUUUGGUCAAGUAAUAAAUUUACUAGAUAUUUGUGCUUCUUGAUUAUUAUCAUAAUGUUAUACAUGUGGAUGUUUGAGUGUUGUGUUGUGUUUAUGUAAAUGGAGAGAGAGUUUGGUGCUUUUGUACUGCCAUCAAACAUUUUGGUUGAAUAUAUGAACUUUGUCUGCCAAAAUGUA